AUGUCGAACAUAAUAUCGGAAUUUUUUGAAAAUCGUGAAAUAUUUAUUACUGGAGGAUCGGGCACUGUCGGUAAAGCUCUCAUUGAGAAACUUCUGAGAUCCUGCAAUGUACGACGAAUUUAUUUAUUGCUGCGCCCGAAGAAAAAUUAUAGUCUAGAGGAACGUUUGAAAAGACUAAAAUCAGAAUUGAACUUUCGCCGCCUAAUGACCGAAAAACCCACAGAAUUUGAUGACAAAGUCAUGGCGAUACCCGGUGAUGUGGAACUACCCCAACUGGGUAUCACUGGCGAAUAUACCAAAUAUUUGAAUAAUGUUUCGAUAAUUAUUCAUAGUGCUGCAACAAUACGUUUUGAUGAGACCCUACGGAAUGCCAUAAAAAUAAAUGUUGGCGGGACACAUGAAGUUUUAAAAUUGGCAGAAAAUAUGAAAAAUCUUAAAAUUCUAAUGCAUGUCUCGACCUUCUAUAGUAAUCCUUAUUUGAGAUAUGUAGAACCGAAAUUAUAUCAAUCACCAAUGGAUUGGAAAUUUUGUUUGGAUUUAGCUCAACGUCGCGAUGUGUCGGAUGAUAUGUUGAAUACAUUGACAAGAAAAUUAAUUAUUGGGUUUCCCAAUACCUACACAUUUACCAAAAACUUGGUUGAAUCCAUGGUGAAUGAUUUCCGGCACAAACUACCAUUGGCCAUAUUCAGGCCAUCGAUAAUUGUUCACGCUGUGGAGGAACCGGAACCCGGUUUUCCCACACCACUUACCGGUGCAAUGGGUUUAUUUGUCAGCAUGGCAGCUGGAGUUUUAAAAACUAUUUACCUUGCACCAGAUCAACGCUUGGAUUUGAUACCACAAGAUUUGGUAACAAAGACGUUACUCUAUUAUACGUGGAAAACAUCAAAACUAUAUGAGGCCACUAAACGGCCAAAGGAAAUACCCAUCUAUCAUACCGUAUCGAGUACUCAUAACGAUAUAACUCUGACACAAUAUCAUGAAAUUUUAGAUAAAUUUCAGAUUAUUGAAGAUUUAGCAUUCGAGAAGAAUUUCUUGAUACCGGGCAAUGUCAUCACCGAUAAUAGUUUUGUGUAUAUGUUUAUGUUCUUUUUGAAACAACUCAUUCCGGCAUUGUUGGUUGACACAAUACUCAAACUGGCGGGUCAAAAACCAGUCAUGUUACAAAUUCAACGUAAACUUUAUUUAACAUUGGAGGUCAUGAGACCAUUCAUGUGUAACAAUUAUGAUUCCGAUGGUAUCAGCUACCACAAAGAAAUGGAUCUGUGUUUGCAUGGAACUGAUUUCAAUGUAGAUGUUUUGCGCUAUUCCAAAAGUGUCUUUACUAGUGCUGGCUUCACUUAUGAUAUGAUUAAAAAAUGUCGUGAAAUUCUACUAAAAGAGGAUCCCGCAACAAUUCCACGAGCCAGAAUAAUACUUAAAAUAAAAAUUGCAUUAUAUCGCGCUCUACAAAUCUACUUGGCAUACAAAUGUACCGUCGGUAAAUCAUUGCUUGAUAAAUUGUUACGAUCUUGUAAUGUUGGUCGAAUUUAUUUGUUACUACGUCCCAAGAAAUAUGCCACACAUACUGAACGAUUGAAAAAGAUGAAGGAAGAUUUGAUUUUCCGCCGUUUGAUGUCGGAAAAACCCAAUGAGUUUGACGAGAAAGUCACCAUCAUACCCGGAGACGUUGAACUACCCCAAUUGGGUGUUACACCGGAAUAUAUGCAGAAAUUGGAAAACGUCUCCAUUAUUAUACACAGUGCGGCAACGGUGCGUUUUGAUGAGCCCCUACGGCAGGCGAUAAAAUUAAAUGUUGGUGGCACAUAUGAAGUUUUAAAAUUGGCUCAGAAUCUGAAAAAACUCCAAGCGGUAAUACAUGUUUCGACAUUCUACAGUAAUCCCUAUUUGGAAUAUACUGAACCUAAAGUAUAUCAAUCACCAAUGGAUUGGAAAUUUUGUUUGGAUUUAUGUCAACGUUCGGAUAUAACGGAUGAUAUGUUGGAUACUCUGACAAGGAAAUUAAUCAUUGGUUUUCCAAAUACCUACAGUUUUACCAAGAAUUUAACCGAAUCUUUGGUAAAUGAUUUUCGCCAUGAGCUACCCUUGGCCAUAUACCGACCUUCUAUAGUCAUACAGUCUGUGGCUGAACCUGAACCAGGCUUUCCCACCGGCUUUGUUGGUGCCAUGGCUAUAUUUCUUGCCUACGCAGCGGGUAUCAUGAAGGGUGUACCAACUACGCCAGAUAUACGUUUGGAUGUAGCCCCUCAAGAUUUGGUUGUAAAGCAUUUACUUUAUUAUACCAUGAAAACGGCUAUGAUAUAUGACGAUCAAAGAAGGCCUCAAGAUAUACCAAUCUACCAUACAGUAUCAUCAACCCAUUCGGAUAUUACGAUUAAAGAACAUCUGGAACUGGUGAAGAAAUUUAACAUUAUCUAUGAUUCAGCAUUUGAGAAAAAUGUUCUUAUACCUGGGGCCAUUGUAACGGAUAAUCGCGCUCUAUACAAAAUUGUGUUCUUCAUUCAACAAUUCCUGCCAGCCCUAUUGGUAGAUGGCAUCCUUAAAAUGUUGGGUCACAAACCGCAAUUAAUGAAAAUCCAGCGAAAGUUGUUCACAACUGUCGAUGUGCUCAAACCUUUUAUGUUCAAUAAUUUCGAUUGCAGCGGAACAAGUUACUAUAAGGAAAUGCUUGAAGAGUUAAAUGGCACCGAAUUCGAUGUGAAUAUAAUGCGAUAUUUCAAUAACACAUACAUGCAUGCCGGCUUUAUCAAUGAUUUGAUGUUAAAAUCACGAGAAGUGCUAUUAAAAGAAGAUCCUGCAACUAUACCAAGAUCAAGGUUUAUACUUAAAAUGUGA